AUGGGCGCGGUGACCCUGCAGUGCGCCUCGGGAAACCCCACGCCGCAGCAGCAGCGCGCUUACGCACCAGCAGCGCCACAGGCCACCAGUCUCACACUCUCGGCAAGCAAGCUGACCCCGGAGCAGAUCACUGAGUAUAAGGGCGUGUUUGAAAUGUUUGAUGAAGAGGGGAACGGAGACGUGAAGACGCAGGAGCUGGAGAGGCUGAUGAGUUUGAUGGGAAUCAACCCAACAAAGAGAGAGCUGAGCAAGAUGGCCAAAGACGUCGACAAAGAUGGCAAAGGCGCCUUCAACUGUGACAGCUUCCUGGGCCUCAUGGCGCUUUACCAUGAAAGAACUAAAAACCAAGACACAGAGCUACGAGCCGCCUUUAAAGUGUUCGAUAAGGAGGCCAAGGGCUACAUCGAGUGGAAUACACUGAAGUAUGUGUUGAUGAAUGCUGGUGAGCCUCUGAAUGAGGAAGAGGCAGAGCAGAUGAUGAAGGAGGCAGACAAAGAUGGAGAUGGAACCAUCGAUUACGAAGAAUUUGUUGCCAUGAUGACCGGAGACUCAUUCAAGAUGAGUUAAGAUGGAAAUCAAACCUUAGGAUGGCC